AUGCUGAGGGAGUUGGCUCCUCGAGGGGGCCCAAGUUCCUGGCUUUCCACCUCCUCCUCAUGUCUCUGCCUCUGCUUCUUGCUCUUGCUAGGCCAGGCCACCAUGCUGCAGGGCCACCCCCAGUGCCUGGACUACGGGCCUCCAUUCCGGCCCUCUGUGCACCUGCGGUUCUGCUCCGACUACCAGACAUUCGGCUGCUGCAGUCCGACCAAGGAUCAGCGCAUUGCUGCUCGCUACAAGGAAAUCGUGGGUUCCUUUGACCUACGGGGUUCCCAGCUCUGUGGGGGCUACAUCAAGGACAUCCUCUGCCAGGAAUGCUCCCCCUUCGCCGCCCACCUCUAUGAUGCUGAGAAUCCUCAGACGCCCCUCCGGAACCUUCCGGGCCUCUGUUCUGACUACUGCUCUGCUUUCCACCAUGACUGCCGCUCUACCAUCUCCUUCUUGACCAGUGACCGGCACCUUAGGCGGUCCUGCGACAGGGGUGGUGCCCACUUCUGCCACCUCCUCAGCCUCCCGGACCGGGACUACUGCUUCCCCAACGUGCUCAGGAACACCCAGCUUAAUCGCAACCUGGGCGCGGUGGUGGAGGACCCGCGGGGCUGCCUGCAGCUCUGUCUGACCGAGGUGGCCAACUGGCUGAGGAACCCGGUGGCCAUGGUGCAUGCCGGCGAUGGCACCCACCGUCUCUUCGUGGCUGAGCAGGUUGGGGUGGUCUGGGUCUACCUGCCCGACUGGAGUCGGCUGGAGAAGCCCUUCCUGGAUCUCAGGAGCCUGGUCUUGACCACCCCAUGGAUUGGGGACGAGAGGGGCUUCCUGGGGCUGGCUUUCCACCCCGAUUUCCGCCAAAACCGCAGGUUCUACAUCUAUUACUCCUGUCUGGACAAGAAAAAGGUGGAGAAGAUCCGCAUCAGUGAGAUGAAGUCUUCUCGAGCUGAUGCCAACAAGGCCGACCCAAACUCUGAAAGGAUCAUCCUGGAGCUGGACGAACCGGCUGCCAAUCACAACGGUGGGCAACUCCUUUUCGGCCUGGAUGGUUAUUUGUAUAUAUUCACUGGGGAUGGCGGGCAAGCUGGGGACCCCUUUGGCAAGUUUGGGAAUGCUCAGAACAAGAGCUCGCUGCUGGGGAAGGUUUUACGGAUAGACGUGACCAGGGCCUAUGCCUACGGCCAGCGCUACUGGAUCCCCCCAGAUAACCCUUUCGUCUCCGAGCCGGGGGCCCAUCCUGCCAUCUAUGCGUACGGAGUCAGGAACAUGUGGCGAUGUGCUGUGGACCGUGGGGACCCAGCCACCCACCGAGGCAGAGGCAGGAUAUUCUGUGGUGAUGUUGGCCAGAACCGGUUCGAAGAAGUCAACCUCAUCGUUAAAGGAGGGAACUACGGCUGGAGGGCCAAGGAGGGGUUUGAGUGCUACGACAAAAAGCUCUGCCAUAAUGCUUCUUUGGAUGAUGUGUUGCCAAUUUAUGCGUAUGAUCAUGCCGUAGGGAAGUCGGUCACUGGUGGCUAUGUCUACAGGGGCUGUGAGUCCCCUAACCUAAAUGGCCUUUACAUCUUCGGAGACUUCAUGAGUGGUCGACUUAUGGCUUUGCAGGAAGAUGGGAGGACAGAUAGAUGGAAGAAACAAGAUAUCUGCAUUGGAAACACUCAGGCUUGUGCCUUCCCAGGGCUAAUCAGCACUUACAGCAAAUUUAUCAUCUCCUUUGCUGAAGAUGAAGCAGGGGAGCUGUAUUUUUUGUCCACAUCUUAUCCAAGUGCCUACACUCCCCACGGAUCGAUCUACAAAUUUGUUGAUCCUGCAAGGCGAGCACCUCCAGGCAAGUGCAAACACAGACCGUUGCCCGUCAAAGUCAAGAGUAAGCGGAUCCCAUUCACACCACUCGCCAAAACCGUUCUGGGACUGCUUCGAGAGAAGGCUGAAGCAGCUCUUAAGAAAUCAUCUACUGCGACCUCAGCUUCCUCAGUUCCCACUCGGCAUGUGAGCUCUGCUCGGAAAGGCUCCUCCAAGAAGCACGCGGCCCUCGAAAGUACCAGGAAGCUCUCCCCCAAGAAAAGACCUAGCAAGAAGGUCCCACCCAACUUAGGCACCUGGCCACCGUUGGCCAAAGAAUGGUCUCCCAGGGUGGCCCCUGGUCCUCGAGGGAAGAGACCCAAGAGCCCCAGGGUCCGUGGGGCUAGCACAACAAAGAGGCCCCCACAGCAGAGAAAAGCCAGAGAUGCUGCUUGCCUUCAAUGUUCCCUGAGCCAAAGUGGUCAACAAGGAGAAAGGGCUGAAGAGAACUGGGACCCACCGGGAAACUCCAUCUGAAUGCUGUUCCUGCUCUUCGGAGAUGGGGCUAGCGUGGGGGGUCAUGCAGGGUGAGUGGGGCUGAAAUGGAGGCUUGGUUGUAGUUCUUUUUCCCCUGAAUCCAUCUGACUGUUGAUAAACUUUGUCACACAGUAUGCUGGCAGAACCGAGGCCCACGAGGCUCUGUCUGGGAACAAAGUGCUAUGUACUGUAACCACAAGGCAUCAGUUUCUUUCUUUUUUUUUUCAAAUCAACUACCACCCCAAAGCAAUAAAUCAGCAUUGUUCAAAACUCA